GAUCAGAAGUGGUUGAUUUGGGAAUAUUCGCGACUCUGUUUCCACCUCCGUCUCUCUCUCUCUCGAAGUUUCGACCUUUAUGGCUGCGGCAGCGAUGUCUUGCGCUGCGUCGCUUCGUCUAAUCUCCUUCAAACCAACCUUGUUUGCUUCUUCUGUCCAAUACCCGGCCAAAGCUCUGAUUUUGCGACCGCUAAAACCGUCGGAACUCCCUUCAUAUCGUCGGACGAUCAUCACUUUCCAGAAAAUUUCAACCGGAACCGUUCGUCCACCAUCAGCUUCAUCAUCUCCGUCGAGUUCUGAAGACGUUCAACCAAUCGAAGAGCUUCCUCCGAAGCUACAAGAGAUCGUCAACCUAUUCCAAUCGGUACAAGAGCCGAGAGCUAAAUACAGGCAGCUUAUAUUCUACGGUGAACAUCUCAAACCACUCGAUCCUCAAUUCAAGACGAGGGAGAAUAAAGUUGAAGGUUGCGUUUCUCAGGUUUGGGUUAGGGCUUUCUUUGAUGACCAACGCAACGUUGUCUAUGAAGCUGAUUCUGAUUCGUCUAUCACUAAAGGCUUAGCUGCUCUUUUAGUUCAAGGUUUAUCUGGUAGACCUGUCCCUGAGAUUUUGAGGGUUACACCUGAUUUUGCCCUUCUUCUAGGUUUGCAGCAGAGUCUGUCUCCUUCUAGAAACAAUGGAUUCCUUAAUAUGCUUAAGCUGAUGCAGAAAAAGGCUCUUCAUUUGGAAGUGAAAGGUGAGGAAGAUUCAAGUUCUGGAGAGAGUUUAGAGUCUAGCUUCGUACCUACUCCUGAAACAAACGGUGGAGCAAGUGUUGUUGACAAUGAUACGGAGUCCAAGCCUAGUUUUGUUGAGGAUUUGGGAGCAGAAGAUUCUGAUAGUGGGUCAGAUGUUGUUGCUUUAGGGGGUAGAGGGAAGAGGAUAAGAGAGAAAUUGGAGAAGGAGUUGAAUCCUGUUGAGUUAGAAGUUGAAGAUGUUUCUUACCAGCACGCAGGGCAUGCUGCUGUUAGAGGUAGUGCUGGUGAUGAUGGGGAAACACAUUUCAACUUGCGAAUCGUUUCGGAUGCUUUCCAAGGUAAAAGCUUGGUCAAGAGGCAUAGGCUGAUUUAUGACUUGUUGCAAGAGGAGUUAAAGAACGGGUUACAUGCUCUCUCUAUUGUGGCUAAGACUCCGGCUGAGGUUUGAAGGUGAGGCAAUGGAAGAAGUCAGGUCCAGAUUCUUUUUCUUCUUAUGUCCAUUUGCUUUGGUUUUUGGUCGCGAGACCUAUUAAUAAUGUUGAGGCUUAAGAGGUUGAUCAGGAGGAUCAUGUUGUAUCUAUGGAUUCUCCAAAUGAGAGAUGGAUAUUGAUUGUGCCAAAAUAUUGAAUCGUUUUGGAGGAUAUAUCCCGAUUAAUAUAUAAUGUUUUCACCA